AUGGGCAAUCGUCACAGCCAGUCUUACUCCCUCUCAGAAGGCAGUCAACAGUUGGCCAAAGGGGACACCCAACCCUCGGCAGUCUUGCAGCCUCUCAGCCACCCAUCAGGGCAUGGACAGCCAGAGGCCCAACAGCCUGCCAAAGUGAAAAGUCCUCAGGGUUUCGAUGUGGAUCAAGAUGUCAAAAAGCUGAACAAAGCCUGCAAAGGAAUGGGAACUGAUGAAACAACCAUCAUUGAAAUCCUAUCAAGCAGGACAUCGGAUGAGAGGCAACAAAUAAAGCAGAAGUUCAAGGCGUCGUAUGGCAAGGAGCUGGAGGAGGUGCUCAAGAGUGAGCUGAGUGGAAACUUCAAGAAGGCGGCCUUGGCCCUUCUGGACCGUCCCAGCGAAUACGAUGCUCGGCAGCUGCAGAAGGCCAUGAAGGGUCUGGGCAUGAAUGAGGCACUGCUCAUUGAGGUCCUGUGCACAAGAACCAACAAGGAAAUCAUUGCCAUCAAAGAGGCCUACCAAAGGUUAUUUGGCAGGAGUCUUGAAUCAGAUGUCAAAGGUGAUACAAGUGGAAACCUAAAAAAAAUUCUGGUGUCCCUGCUACAGGCUAAUCGUGAUGAAAGAGGUGAUGUGGACAAAGAUCUAGCUGGCCAGGAUGCCAAAGAUCUGUACGAUGCAGGGGAAGGCCGCUGGGGCACCGAGGAGCUUGCCUUCAAUGAAGUCCUGGCCAAGAGGAGCCACAAGCAGUUACGAGCCACCUUUCAAGCCUAUCAAAUGCUCAUUGGCAAAGACAUCGAAGAGGCCAUCGAAGCAGAAACAUCAGGAGAUCUGCAGAAGGCCUACUUAACCCUCGUGAGGUGUGCCCGGGACCACCAGGGCUAUUUUGCUGACCGUCUGUACAAGUCCAUGAAGGGUGCGGGCACUGAUGAGGAGACGCUAAUUCACAUCAUUGUGACCAGGGCUGAGGUGGACCUUCAGGGCAUAAAAGCAAAGUUCCAAGAGAAGUACCAGAAGUCUCUCUCUGACAUGGUUCACUCGGACACCUCUGGGGACCUCCAGAAACUUCUGGUGGCCCUCUUGCACUGAGCAAAGCCACAGCAGUAGGAGCGCAAGGAGGAAGCACCUUUGUUCAGAUCCCCUUCCAAACCAGAUUUGCAAAUGCGACUCCAGCAUGAAGAACCCUCAAGAGUCCUCGUUUAUCUUCUUGGUGGCUUGAGUAGGGCAGCCAGGCCAAGCUGUUCAAGUGAAGGGUAGCAGCCUUGAGACCCUUGGGCAGGUCACUCUGAAUGCAGGCUUAGCAAGCACCUGGGCUGCCUCUUAACUCUCCUUUAGCAUGGUCACUGAACACUUUCUAAGCACAAAUGAAAUCGGCAGGUGAUGAAAAAAACAUGCAUUUGUAAUAAGAUAUUUAGAAGAAUAUCUAUCACCCAGGGGCAUGUAUGUUCUGGGUAAAGAUUGAAUGGUUAAGUUACGGGGAAGAUAAAAUUAACCAAUCCAUUAAUUUUCCUUCUGUGUGUUCAAUUUCAAAACCUCA